AUGGACUCGUACUUCUAUGGGGCAUUGCAGGCCCAAGGAAAGUGUGUCAGCUAUCCACCUGGAAAGUCUCUGCUUUAUGACCGGAUGCCCAUUGUCCAUACUGCCAAAUCCUCAUACUUCCACAACAAGAUCAACAAUGCUCCAGACACACGUAACCUCUUCAAAACAUUCAAUUCGCUCCUCUGCCCUCCCACACCACCACCCACCACUUCUAUAACAGCCGAUGAUUUCGCCACAUUCUUUACUGACAAAACUACAACUAUCAGCAGCCAGUUCUCGGCUCCACACAACAGUUCAUUGGAUGCUAACCAGUCAGGGUUCAGGAGUGGCCACUCAACUGAAACUGCACUACUGUCAGUCACAGAAGCGUUGCGGAUUGCAAAAGCUGAUUCCAGAUCAUCAAUACUCAUUUUGCUGGAUCUUUCUGCUGCUUUUGACACGGUGAAUCAUCAGAUCCUCCAGUCCACCCUCUCAUCACUGGGCAUCACAGGGAUUCCACUUCGCUGGUUUGAAUCCUAUCUCACAGGUAGGUCCUUCAGGGUUGCCUCACGGAUCUCCGGCUGCUUGGCAGACAUCUCGGAGUGGAUGAAAGAACAUCAUCUACAGCUCAACCUGGUAAAGACUGAGCUCCUUGUUUUCCCUGCCACUCCAACUCUACAGUAUGAUUUCACCAUCCAUUUAGGUACAUUAACAAUUACCCCAUCAAGUUCUGCCAGAAAUCUUGGUGUUAUCUUUGAUGACAAGCUGACUUUCAAAGACCAUAUUGCUAAAACUGCUCGAUCUUGCAGGUUUGCCCUACACAACAUUAGAAAGAUCAGGCCCUUUCUAACAGAGCAGGCCACACAACUUCUUGUCCAGGCCCUGGUCAUCUCUAGGCUGGACUACUGCAAUGCUCUUCUAGCCAAUCUUCCCUCAUGCACAAUCAAACCUCUACAAAUGAUUCAGAAUGCAUCAGCACGACCGGUCUUCAACGAGCCCAAAAGGGCCCAUGUCACACCUCUCUUUAUCACCCUGCACUGGUUCCCAAUUGCAGCUUGCAUCAAAUUCAAGACACUGAUGCUUGCAUAUAGAACAGCCACAGGCUCGGCGCCGGCCUACCUCCACUCACUGCUACCAAUCUACACUCCCUCCAGAACUCUG